AUGUCGAAGCGGCACGCCUCCGAGGCGCUCGAGGACGUCUCGGGCAUGGACUCGCCCCUCUCCAAGCGGUCACGACUCGGCGAUUCGGUGGAGCCCUCCGGGUCGCCAGAGGCCAAUGAAGAUGACGACGAUGACGACGAAGACGACGAAGACGAUGGGGAAGAAGAGGAGGACGACGAGGGAGAGGAAGAGGACGGUGACGAGGACUUUGACGAAAUGGUACCGGCGCAGUCGAUACGCCAGGCUGCCCCGACUGCCGGUUACGACGACCUCUACCUCGAUACGAUAGAUCGGACCGUGCUGGACUUUGACUUUGAGAAGCUGUGCUCCGUGACGCUCUCCAACAUCAACGUCUACGCCUGCCUGGUGUGCGGCAAGUAUUACCAGGGCAGGGGACCCAAGUCGCACGCCUACUUCCACGCCCUCGACGAGAGCCACCACGUCUUCAUCAACAUGCGCACGCAAAAGGUCUACGUCCUGCCCGAGGGCUACGAAGUCGCCAACAAGACGCUCGACGACAUCAAGUACGUGUCGGAUCCGCGGUACACCAAGGCCGAGGUCGUGGCUCUGGACCGCAACCCGGCCACGUCGUGGACCUACGGCGGCGUCAGGGAGUACGCCCCGGGCUUCGUCGGCAUGAACAACAUCAAGGAGAACGACUACCUCAACGUCGUGGUCCAGGCGCUGUCCCACGUGCCUCCCCUGCGCAACUUUUUCCUGCUCGAGGACCUUUCCUCCCGCCCGGAGCUCGUUCAGCGCACGAGCAUCCUCUUCCGCAAGAUCUGGAACCCUCGCGCCUUCAAGGCCCACCGCUUCACCCUCUCCCACCAGUCCGACCCCGUCGAGUUCCUCUCCUGGUUCCUCAACAACCUGCACCUCGGCCUCGGCGGCAGCAAGACCCGCCCGGGAAGCUCCGUGAUCCAGCACAUUUUCCAGGGCAAGCUCAAGGUCGAGUCCCAGGCCAUCACCGCCCGCGCCGAUGCCGGCGACCGUCUGCGCUUCGAGGAGGCCGCCGAGGUCAAGGCCGACGUCGUGCGCUUCCUCCUCCUCACCCUCGACCUCCCCGCCGCCCCGCUCUUCCAGGACGAGCUCGAGAAGAACAUCAUCCCCCAGGUGCCUCUCACCACCAUCCUCAACAAGUACAACGGCGUCCUCUCCCAGGAGCACCGCGCCCAGCGCACGCGCUACCGCCUGCUCCACCCUUUGCCCCCGUACCUCGUCUUCCACGUCAAGCGCUUCAGCCAGAACAAGUUCGUCUCGGAGCGGAACCCCACCAUCCCCAACCCCGCCGAGCACCCGACCGGCGAGCCCAUCUGGUACGACCUCGUGGCCAACGUCGUCCAUGAGGCCGUCCGCGCGAGGGACGACGUCACGGAGACCGCCGACGACAAGAAAAUGUGGAAAGUGCAGAUUCGCGACAAGGCGCGGGACGAGUGGGUGGUCUGCCAGGACUUGUUUGUCGAAAAGGUCCAGGCUGAGCUCCUGUUCGCGGGUGAGACGUAUCUACAGCUUUGGGAACGGAGAAGGACGCCCAAGCCUAAAAGCAAAGGCAAGGCGGCGGCAAAGUGA